CGUUUGAGGAAAUUGCGCGUUUUAGCAGCCAAUUUCAACGAAUUCACCGAUAUCGCCGCACUUGCAGCAUGCAAAUCACUUGUGGAACUUUAUUUAACCAACAAUAAAAUCGAGAAGUUACCACACACGAUUGGAAUGCUAAAAAAUUUGGAAAUGUUAUCGGUGGAUGAGAAUGAACUUACCGAAUUGCCACCAGAGGUAAACCCUUCAACGCUUCGUAUUCAUUGA